AUGUGUGAUACCAGUGUAGCCACUGAUGAUUCUCCACUUCUAUUCUCAACUGUUCUCUCAUCCCCUCCUUCUUUGGUCUCUAUUUCACGUGCUGAUGAUCCCAUGGAGGUUGUCCCCACCAUUGGUGAAGCUAUCAUCACAGGACCUGAAGAUGCUCCUCUUGAAAUUCCUCAGAUACAUGAUGCUGAUCCUCAUGAUAACACAUUUGAAAUGCCCAGCGGUAAUCCUUCAGAUACUGCUGAUGACCCAUAUGGUCCUUUGGAGAAUGAUUCCCCAGUCGCCAAGACUAAAACCUAUGACAUGGUUGAGAAUGUCAAGCUGCUACUCCCUAUCAUUGCAACCAUCCUCGAAAAGAUGGAUCAAAUGUACCAGGGAAUGCCCUCAACGGAUGACCUCACUCACGGCCUCUAUGAUAUCCAAGCUGAGAUCGAUGAGUUCAACCUUUAUCAAGUCGAAUCUAUCGCUUCUAUUGAGCACAAGCUGGAAGACUUGGUAUCUCGCCGCCCUCUCUUAGCUGUUAAUGUUGAUGAUGACAAAGAGGGAGAGAAAUCUAACGAGGACCUUGGAGAGAAUAUCGCUAUGGAGAAUUCGGCUGGUGAGGAUACUAGGGAGAAUAUCCCUGAAGCCAUCAGUGAUGAUGAUGCCUUGGUAAUUGUUGCUGCUGCUGCUAACCAUGAAGACCUUCAUCCUUCCACCUCUGCAUUUCCAAAUGUUGGUGAUGAAGAUGACGAUGAUGAUGAUGAGGAUUCUGAACCUCAACUUCCAGAUGCAGGUACUGAUCUUGGUGGUAAUGAUAAUGAUGAUGAUGAAGAUGAUGAUGAUGACGAUGAUUUCUGCGUCCAGAUCAUACCAAGACAACCAACAAAAGGAAUAUCCUUCAGGAACCUGCUUCCCAGGGGGAGAAAUCACCAGGGAACCAACACUACUCAGGCAAAGGAAAAGGAGUGGCUGAAGACAACCUUGCAUUAG